GAGCGCGUGUAUUGCACGCUUCAGUAACCAGAAAACAUAAGAGAAAGCGCUCCAACUGUUUUAGUCGCUUAUGCAGUUUGUAUGGUCUCAAAGAGCCCAAUGGCUGCUACCAAGAUAGGACUCGGAGUUGGUCCCGUCCCGACUCACCGAGUCACCGCCGUCGCCGCUCCUUCAUCCGCCGCAUUCUCCCCGCCGCCACAGCACCGCCUCUUUCUCCUCAACUCGCGGCGUGCCCUCAGACCCCGCCCUUCCCCCCAACCCCUUCGAAUAGCCGCCGCCGCCUCCUCCUCCUCCUCCGUUGCUGCGCCAGGAAAAGGAGUAGAGAAUGUGGUAAUUAUAGGUUCCGGCCCCGCAGGAUACACAGCAGCAAUAUAUGCAGCACGUGCCAAUUUGAAACCUGUGGUGUUUGAGGGGUACCAAGUUGGUGGUGUCCCUGGGGGACAAUUAAUGACUACAACUGAAGUGGAGAACUUUCCAGGAUUUCCUGAUGGCAUAAGUGGACCUGAUCUGAUGGACAGGAUGCGACGGCAAGCUGAACGUUGGGGUGCAGAAUUGUAUCAGGAAGACGUUGAAGCUAUUGAUGUCAAAAGUAGUCCUUUCACUGUCCAAAGUAGUGAACGUAAGGUUAAGAGCCAUACUGUCAUUUUUGCUACUGGAGCUACUGCAAAACGACUUAGGCUACCUCGAGAAGAUGAAUUUUGGAGCCGAGGAAUUAGUGCUUGUGCAAUUUGUGAUGGAGCAUCUCCUCUCUUCAAAGGUCAAGUUCUUGCUGUCAUUGGAGGGGGGGAUACUGCUACAGAAGAAGCAUUAUACUUAACAAAAUAUGCUCGCCAUGUCCAUUUACUUGUACGUCGGGACCAACUGAGGGCUUCCAAAGCUAUGCAAGAUAGAGUGUAUGACAAUCCCAAUGUCACCGUGCACUUCAAUACUGAGGCAGUGGACCUCGUAAGCAACACCAAAGGACAGAUGUCUGGCAUUUUAAUACGGAAGGUUGAUACUGGGGAGGAAUCUGUGCUUGAUGUAAAAGGGCUGUUUUAUGGCAUAGGCCAUUCACCAAAUACACAAUUGUUGAAAGGCCAAGUCGAACUUGACUACUCUGGCUAUGUACAAGUUGAGGAGGGUACUGCAAAAACUUCAGUUGACGGUGUAUUUGCUGCUGGAGAUGUGCAGGACCAUGAAUGGAGGCAAGCUGUAACUGCUGCUGGUUCUGGAUGCAUUGCAGCUUUAUCAGUUGAGAGGUAUCUUGUGAACAAAGAUCUUCUUGUAGAGUUCCAUCAGCCCAAAACUGAAGAGGUUAAGAAGGAACUAACAGAAAGGGACGUUCAUGAGGGCUUUGACAUUACACUUACAAAGCAUAAGGGGCAGUAUGCUCUACGAAAAUUGUACCAUGAAAGUCCAAGGCUUAUAUGUGUAUUAUAUACAUCACCAACAUGUGGUCCAUGUAGGACACUGAAGCCAAUCCUUAGUAAGGUGAUUGAUGAAUUUGAUGAGAAUGUACAUUAUGUUGAAAUUGAUAUAGAGGAAGAUCCAGAGAUUGCAGAGGCAGCUGGAAUAAUGGGCACUCCAUGUGUGCAAUAUUUUAAAAAUAAGGAGAUGCUCAAGACUGUCUCUGGUGUCAAAAUGAAGAGAGAAUACAGAGAAUUUAUUGAAGCAAACAAAUAGAAGUAUUUUUAAACACCUGAGGUGAUACUCAAAUUAUGUGAUUCAAUUUUGUCUUCCAUUUGAAAACAGCUGAAUAGCGCUGUCAAUUUUGACAACUAUUCCUUCAACUAAGUAAACUUCAUAGAUUGUACAUGUAGAGUUACCAAUCACUAUUAUUGUUUUGAUUGUUCAAUAUUACCAUUUUCAUAUUUUAGUUCA